GUAAAAAAAAUGAGACCCUCUCUCAUUAACUUAUAUCCUGGGUGAAUAAUGGCUUAUCGCUGGCAGUGCGGCUUCGGAAGCCAAGGCGGUCGGAGGGGCGAGCUGGGAUAGUUUGCAAUUCGGGAGCAAAAUCACGUCAUUUGAAGGGAGUUGUUUCUUGGUGAAUUUUUUUUUAAUUUUAUGGAAACAUGAACUUAAAGGGCGUGUCCCUUUCCCUGCGAAUACUCCUGUCCACCGUUCCCACACCCCAGUUGUCAGGGCAUAUUAUCUUUGGUUUCUACUCUGAUCCGUUAAUUACUCUUCCCUUAUCGCCAGAAUGUCGGAUUUGCCGCAACCCCAUGGGGGUGUCCUCAAGGACUUGAUUGCUAGGGACCUUCCUAGACACGCUGAACUCCUCGCUGAGUCUGAGACUCUUCCAGCUUUGAUUCUUACCGAGCGUCAACUUUGUGAUUUGGAGCUGAUUCUGAGUGGCGGAUUCUCUCCUUUGGAGGGGUUUAUGAACGAGAAGGAUUACAAUGGAGUUGUUGGGAAUCUUCGUCUCGUGGAUGGAACACUCUUCUCCAUGCCUAUCACUUUGGAUGUUUCCAAGGCUCAGAUCGAGGAAUUGGGUGUCGAGGUUGGUGCGAGAAUCACGCUCCGUGAUUUCCGUGAUGACCGCCACUUGGCCAUCAUUACUGUCGACGACGUCUACAAGCCUGACAAGCAAAAGGAGGCCAAGGAGGUCUUGGGCAGUGAUGAGGAGCACCCUGCUAUCCGCUAUCUGUUCAACACUGCCCGGGAAUAUUAUGUUGGUGGGAAGAUUGAGGCCAUUAACAGGCUCAAUCACUACGACUACGUCGGCUUGAGAUACACUCCCGCCGAAUUGAGGUUGCACUUUGAAAAGUUGGGAUGGUCUAAGAUCGUUGCGUUCCAGACCAGGAAUCCCAUGCACAGGGCCCACAGAGAGCUCACUGUCCGGGCAGCCAGAGCGCGCCAGGCAAACGUCCUUAUCCACCCCGUUGUGGGUCUCACAAAGCCGGGAGACAUUGAUCACUUCACCCGUGUUCGCGUCUACCAGGCUCUCCUCCCCCGAUACCCCAACGGCAUGGCCGUCCUUGGCCUUCUCCCCCUUGCUAUGCGCAUGGGAGGGCCUCGUGAGGCCAUAUGGCACGCCAUUAUUCGUAAGAACCAUGGAGCCACUCACUUCAUUGUGGGAAGAGACCACGCCGGCCCCGGAAGCAACUCCAAGGGCGUUGAGUUCUACGGCCCUUACGAUGCUCAGCAUGCCGUUGCGAGGUACAAGAGCGAGCUAGGAAUUGAGGUUGUUCCGUUCCAGAUGAUGACAUACCUCCCCGACACCGAUGAGUACGCUCCUACCUUGAACAUUUCCGGAACUGAACUCCGUCGCCGCCUUCGCACCGGAACCCCCAUCCCAGAGUGGUUCUCAUACCCCGAGGUCGUCAGAGUUCUUCGGGAAUCCCACCCACCCCGUCACAAGCAAGGCUUCACCGUCUUCCUAACCGGGUACACCAACAGCGGCAAAGAUGCCGUCGCCCGCGCCCUACAAGUCACAUUGAACCAGCAGGGCGGCCGUUCAUCCACUCUCCUCGUCGGCGAGACCGUCCGUUCUGAGCUCUCGGCAGAGCUUGGCUUCUCCCGAGAAGACCGCCACAAGAACAUCCAGCGCAUCGCCUUCGUUGCAGCUGAAUUGACCCGCGCUGGUGCCGCCGUCAUCGCCGCGCCCAUCGCCCCAUUCGAGGACUCUCGUGUCCAGGCGAAGCAGACCAUCGAGCAGUUCGGUUCAGCGUAUCUCAUACAUGUCGCUACGCCGUUGGCGUACUGCGAGAAGACGGACAAGCGCGGGGUAUACGCGCGUGCCCGCAGUGGCGAAAUCAAGGGGUUUACUGGCGUGGAUGAUCCUUACGAGGAUCCCAUCAAGCCUGACCUAGUUGUGGAUGCUAGCAAGCAGACUGUCCGCAACAUUGUCCACCAGAUCGUCCUCCUUCUUGAGAGUGAGGGCCUUUUAGACAAUAUUUAGAUAGACUCGCUUCUAGUUUUGGCUUUUCUUUUCUUUUCUUUUCUCUCUUUUUCUUUUCUGUUUCCGUUUUCUUUAUCAUUCCUAUAACUGCGUUGCACUUGGGAUCCAUUUAUUUGUGACUGUUAGAUUUUCCAACGGAGUUUUCGUGUUCG